ACACAUACUAGAGAAUGAAGUUCACGAUGAAGUAUAUAUUAUUUAUCACUUUGGUACAAGUCACAUGGUGUGUCGUGUGUAGUUACAGAAUUUUGAUGACAUUUACGACUCCCGCAAAAAGUCAUUAUAACAUAGGAAUGGCAAUAGCUAAAAGUCUUGUUGAUGCCGGCAACGACGUAACUGUAAUAAGCUCCUACAGAGAGAAUAAUCUGAUCGAUGGAAAAUACAGGAAUAUAUUUCUGGAAGGACUAGUCGAAAAAUGGUUUGAAAUCUUGAAAAUAGAUGAUGAUAGCACAUCCGUAUUCGAUCUGGUUAACCAAAGUCCAUUCGAGAACAACAGAUUUUUGAUCGAACUGGGUUUCAUAAUGGCAAAUUUAACGAUAGAACAUUCAGCUUUCAAGGAGUUUCUCAAAUCAAAUGGAACAUUCGACGUGGUUAUUUUAGAAGAACUCUACAGUGAUGCGCUGAAGAGUUUGGGCUGUCAUUUCAAUGCCCCGGUAAUAGGAUUCUCAGCAGGAGCACCAAAUGCAUGGGUCAACUCAGCAAUUGGCAACCCAUGGCCACCUUCAUACGUUCCUGAUGUCAACGCGGGAUUUCAAUAUCCCAUGAAUAUUUGGGAACGUUUUUGGAAUACUGCUGCCAUAGUUUAUCGAGAUCUGUCUUUUCACAUUGUUCAUAUUCCUCAGCAGAACGCACUGAUGAAAAAACAUUUUCCUCACUGUCCCGAUCUGAGUAUCGUUGCGUACAAUGUUUCCUUGUUUUUUCUCAAUGGCCAUGAAAGUUACUCCCAGCCAAUGCCAUAUUUUCCUAAUAUGAUUAAUAUUGGUGGAAUUCAUAUGAAGUCAGAGCAGAAAUUGCCACAAGGUCUACAAGACUUCAUGGAUAAUGCUACUAAAGGAGUGGUUUACUUCAGUAUGGGCACGUUCCUGAAUGUUUCAAAAAUGACAAGUGACGUGAAGCAGAUUUUCAUCAAUGUCUUCAAAAAUAUAGACGUGCAGGUUCUAUGGAAGUGGGAUAAUGAGAGACUCUUCGGAUUAUCCAGAAAUGUUAAAUUAGGGAAAUGGUUUCCACAACAAGCUGUAUUAGCUCACCCUAAUUUGAAGGUGUUUAUAACCCAUGCUGGUAUUGGUAGUAUUAUGGAAGCAGUCCGUUAUGGAGUUCCUAUUCUGACACUACCAGUUUUCGCUGAUCAGAAUAGUAAUGCAGUCUAUGCUGAACACUUAGGAUAUGCUAUAAAUAUACCUUUUAAAAACAUUGAUGAGAAGAAGCUGUUGAGAGCUCUGAAUGAUCUUUUGAACAAUUCCAAAUAUCGCGAGAAAGCCAGAGAAAGGUCUGCUUUAUUCAUGGAUCGACCAAUGAAACCUAAUGAUUCAGUUGUUUACUGGACAGAAUUCGUGAUCAGAAACCGGGGAGGUUCUCAUCUGAGAGUCGCAUCGGUGGAUAUGCCUUAUUACGAAUAUUUCUUGAUAGAUAUUAUUGUGUACUUAAUUUUCACAAUAUCCGUUAUAUUCUUAUGUCUACAUUUCAUUAUCAAACGAUUGGUGAUCAGAAUGAAAUUGAAACAAGCGUGAACACAACUUGUUUGCAGUGUUUAUCUGUAUAUGAAUAUUUCCACCAAAAAUAAUCUUGUCAUAAAUGAUAACCAUAAAUGAUUAUUUGAAUCAUUCAUUUUCUGUAAUAAGUAAUAUAUUCAUUGACUAAUC